UGCAAUUGAGUUGAAAAAUAAACCGAGUGAAAGGAUGAGAAAAAGGUCGGAGAUACUUGGUUUAGUGGUGACGGUUGGCAAUUUAUUGAGCAUGGUAAUAUUUACUACUUAUCUCCCGAAACAGUUAAGCGAGCAAGGCAUUGCCCGGG